AAGAAUAGCAUGUGAAAAAUGUCUGAAAAUAUAAAAGAUGAAGCGGAAAAAUGUAAUAAUUCCGACAAACCUAAGGUCAAUAAGCGGCGUGAUAGAAAGGAUCGUGGGAAUAACAACCAUUCCAUAAAAAUUGUGGUUCGACACUUGCCGCCAACGAUGACAGAGGAAGAGUUUUUAGAACAAGUUGAUCCGUUGCCGGAAAACAAUUCGUUUCACUACUGUCCAGCCGACUGGACCUUGGCCCAGGAUGCCACCUGCCGGGCUUAUAUUUCGAUGAAAAACAAUGCUGACGUCCUCCAAUUUCGUGACCGUUUCGAUAGCUAUGUAUUUGUCGACUCUAAAGGUGAAGAGUACGUGGCCAUUGUGGAAUAUGCUCCAUUUCAACGGUUCGCCAAGAACAAAGCUAAGCCUGAUAACAAGGUCAAUACCAUUGAGUGUGAAUCACACUUUCAGGAGUUCAUACAAAAAUUGACUGAGGAGCGCGAUGAGGCGAGCCGUCUUGGGGAGGUUCCCAUUGAUUUCAACUUUAAAACCGAGGAGACGGUAAAGUCGACUCCGCUGCUUCAGUAUUUGGCAAACAAAAAGGAAAAGAGGCGUGAAGAGGCUCGCAAACGCAGCGAAGAAAAACGAAAGCAGCGCGAAGAGCAGAAGCAACAGCGGGAAAACGCGAAGGACGUCGAUGCAGAAAAUAAAAAGCCCAGUGGAAGUGGAAAUUCAAAAAAAGGCGCUGUCAAGGAUUCCCAAGGAACUCAAGAGGAACAAACAAAGAGCUCACGCGCAAAGCGCCGCUCUGAGCGUGACCAGCGCCGCCGCGAGGAGCACGAACAACGAAAAUUAAUGCGAGACAAAGGUGACCGGAACGAUAGAGUGGAUAAAGAAAAGCUUGGCAAGUCUUCAAAACAAAACAAGAACGCUAACAAAGAUCGUCAAAAGGCUUCCAAGGAAAUCACUAUCCUUAAAAAGGAGAACAAAACGGAAAUAAAACCGGCGGCCUCAGAAAAUCCCGAUAAUACCAAUGAAGCUAAGAGUACGGAUGACGGUGUUCAGGAAACUAUUGAGAAAAGCACUGUAAAGGACUCCAAUGAAACUGGCGAUGUCAAUGAAACGGUAAAAGAUUUUAUAAAGGCAGCUGUAAGCUCCAAAGAGACUAAUGAACCAUCAAUGGAAGCACCCUCCGUGACAGAAAAGAAAUCAAAAAAGCCAGAAAAAACAGGAAAUAAGGAAAGUUCAAAAUCUGCAAGCCAGCGUGCAUACGAGGAGAGACGGAUUCGAAAUAAGGAUCGUCCAUCAAUUGCUAUAUAUCAGCCUAAAGCGCGCCUGCGUCUAGGAUCGGAAGACACUGGGUCGCCGAGUUGCAGCAAGGAUGCAACCUUAAAAUCAGAUCCGCAGCGCACAGCUGGAUCCGAUGGAGAGUCCUCCCUACCCGAUGACCAACCUACCAAGAAGAAUAAAAGACAUGGCAGGCGUAACAGAUCAAAGCAUUCGGACGCAACUGACAAUGUUGAGCACGAACGCCAAAUAUCAAAAUCUUCCGAAAGCAGCACAAGUGCGAAUUCUAAGAUCUCUUAAAGGUUCUAACAACUUUCAAUAAAUGUCGAAAACAAUUUUUGAAAAUCA